CGUACUAUACUAAAAGGAGGAGAGCGAUAGGGGGCUAUUUCAAUUUUUUUUUUGCAAAAAUUUUCUCCAAGAAGUAGGGCGUUAAAUUUUACUUUUGGCUCUUUUACAACAGUGAGGCAACGGGCGAAUGUUAGCCAAGAAGAAGAAGAGGGGCUGCCAACAGAUCUGAAGAGAGAUGGAAGUAGGGAAAGAGACAGAGGUGGAGAAAAUGAAGGAAAGGAAGCAAUCAAAAUUCAAUAAGAUAUGCGUCUUUUGUGGAAGUAGUUCUGGUAAGAAGACUUCCUACAAAGACGCUGCCACUGAGCUGGGCGAGGAAUUGGUGUCAAGGAAUAUAGGGCUGGUUUAUGGAGGAGGAAGCAUCGGUUUGAUGGGCUUAGUUGCCCAAGCUGUCUACAAUGGCGGUUGCCAUGUUCUUGGAGUAAUUCCCAGAACCCUCAUGCUUAGAGAGAUAACUGGUGAAACCGUGGGAGAAGUGAAGGCAGUAGCAAAUAUGCACCAGAGGAAAGCAGAGAUGGCUAGACAUUCCGAUGCCUUUAUCGCAUUACCCGGUGGAUACGGAACAUUGGAAGAGCUUUUGGAAGUGAUAACUUGGGCUCAACUUGGUAUCCAUGAUAAACCGGUUGGAUUAUUAAAUGUGGAUGGUUACUACAACUGCUUGUUGUCAUUUAUAGACAAAGCAGUAGAGGAAGGAUUUGUCAGUCCUAAUGCACGGCACAUUAUUGUAUCAGCCCCCACUGCCCGGGAGCUAAUGAAUAAACUUGAGGAUUAUUUUCCCCAUCAUGAGAUGGUGGCUUCAAAACUGAACUGGGAUAUCGAACAAUUAAGCUACUCAUCAACGAAAUAUGGCGUAGAACGGUAGCGAUGUAUUCAUGGUGGCGACGAAGAGGACUGAUUUGUUAGACCAAAAAACUGAAAAAAGGAAGAAGCAGAAAUUUGUUCUAGGUUGGGGCUUGGUACAUUAUUCUUGUGCUUUUAGCUUAAUUGUAAAUUCUACCUUCAUAAUAUCCCCAUUUAACCAACGGCCAAAGCUGGGGGGAUUUAAGGGUAACUACACCUGUGAAUGUAUGGUUCAAUAUGUGUAUGACAGUAUGUGGUGCUUGACAAUCCUCUCCAUUCGUCAACAAGUAGAUCUUGAUCUAGUGGUUAAGGUUAAGA